AUGGCCGGCGGUCCUUCACCGAACCAUCAAGCAACGAGAAGUGAAAUCAUUGAUCUUGCUGCCAUGGAAGGACACGAUGCGGAUAUACCUACCAACGUUGGGUCGAUACACCAAGCCAAGAGUGAUAUAUCAUCACAGCCACGAACUCCAACAAGCGAUGAAAACAAUGUUUCCGCAUCCUUGGAGAAAGACCUUGAGAAAGGCACCGACGCCGUAUCAACUACGAGUGCAACUCAUCCAGAAGAGCCCCCCAACCCGAACAUUGUCGAUUUUGACGGGCCCGACGACACAGAGAACCCAAUGAACUGGAGGGCAUCAAAGAAAUGGGGCAUGAUAUCACUAGUGUCUGUGAUCACUUUUCUCACGCCACUGGCGAGUUCCAUGUUCGCACCAGGUGUUCCAGAGGUCAUGCGGGAGUUCAACUCUACGAGCGAUAUGUUGGAAGGGUUCAUGCUCUCAGUCUAUGUUUUGGGUUUUGCUUUUGGCCCUCUGAUCGUCGCACCAUUAUCAGAGAUGUACGGCAGGUUACCCAUGUAUCACAGCUGCAACUUGCUUUUUAUCAUCUUCACCAUCGCGGCAGCGGUAUCAACAAGCAUGAGCCAAUUCGUAGUAUUCAGGUUCUUCAUGGGCUGUGUGUACAUCAUCCGCACUGCUUUUGACCUUGCUGAUCGAUACACCUAG